AUGGAGCCCAGCAGUCCGAAGAAGAUCCAGUUUGCUGCACCUCCGCUGCAGGGACAGCUGGACCCACAGGCCGCCGAACAUAUCCGUCGCAGAAGACCAACUCCUGCCACUCUGCAGAUCUACAGACUACCUGGCACAGAUGUUGGAGAUCAACACAACGCCGGCGGAGAGUCACAGGCUUCAGACUCUCAGAGGAAGCAGAGCACCUUUGCCCCCCCCCACCAUGAAAGAUUUGUCAUGUGACCACAAAAAGGAAGUGCCCAGUCCCGACUCCAUCUCCCGAUAGCCACCUUAGCUCGCUUUCAUCUCUUCGUCUCUCAAUAAGCAACUCUUCCUGUUCCUCGCUGCUGUUCAUCUGAUCCCACUAACACCCUGCUUCUCGUGCGACACACUGACGCCGUUUGUUUUGACGGCUCCUGACAAUCUUUCACACACUCACAGACACAUAGACGUUUAAAUACACUAUAUCAGACUACAUUAGGUGAUAAUGAGGUUGUGCUUGUGCAGAAAUGGCUGUGAAUAAAGAUGUAUUAUAUGAAACAUUUA